AUGUCGGAACGUCGCCACCGCCGACACUCGCGCGUCGAGAGCCUCCAACGGGAGAACGACCCCCGUUCGCGCGGCGAGGGACGCCAGCGGGAGCGGCAGGACUUUUUCGACGUUGAGCUCCCAGAGGAGGCGGCCGCAGGCUGUGCUCAUUGGCGCAGCGGAACUAUUUUGGCAAUCACACUGGUUGGCUUCUGGCUGCUGUACAUGUUCUUCGCCAGGAGCGCCACGGCCGGUGUAUCCGCACCGCGAGAACUGGAAGCUGACGUGUCUUGGCGCGACUCCAAAACUGCCGUCGCAGCUGCUGUGGCCGCGGCCGAAGAGAAAGCGUCGCGCUGCUACUUCUGUAAUCAACCGAUUUACGCGAAGAGAAGCAUCAGUCAGAUUGGCCAGCUGGUCGUCGGGCAGGACAAGGCACUGCUGCAGUUGGAGCAGGAACUGAGCCGCGAUCGCAAGUUCCGUUCGGUGGCGUUGCUCGGCCCACCUGGCGUUGGCAAGACGAUGACUGCCACAGCUCUGAUGGAGAGUUUCCCGUGGCCCCAGAAUGUGCGCAGCUUCUCGUGGAACACCAAGGGAGUGGCAACGGGCAAGAACGAUGUCGUGAAGUUCCGCCAGUUGCGCCACUUCAUGGAUCAAUUGUCGAGCUGCGGCAUGAAUUUGCAUGUCAUUGACGACCUGCGAGUGGAUGACAUGGACGUUGUGCCCAUCUACAACGAAAUGAUUCUGAAUCGCGAGGGCACCCUCGACGAUACGAAGGCUGCUCAGACGGUUUUGGUUGUUUACAUCUUCAACCUGGAGAAACAGCACCUGGAGGAGCACCAGAAGUACCUCCAGGGCAUGUCGGACGCCACCACCUCGAUAAAGUUCCGUUCGUUUGGUAUUGAGGAGCUGAAGCUGUGCCUGCAGAGCGAGCUGAGGGCCAUGAAGCACUCGCUCGAGGAGGAAGCCGAGGCUGACGUGCUGAAGGGAGCCAUGGAGCAAAUCGACACUGCUGGCUGCAAAUCGCUGCGUCCACUCAUCGAACAGCAUGGGAAACCACUUCCAGCUGAUUCUGACUGA